GCCCGCCCCCGGUUUGCGCAUCUCAGGGGAGGAGGAGGAGGAGAAAGAAAAGGAGGGAGGGGUGACUACUUCCUGAAAACCCUGCAAACCCUGAGCGCCAGCCAGGCCUACGCUGGGCCACGAUGUCCGGAGGGUCCGCCAAGAGCCUGGAGAAGGGAAGCGCGCCCCCAGGACCAGUCCCGGAGGGCCUGAUUCGCGUCUACAGCAUGAGGUUCUGUCCAUUCGCCGAGAGGACGCGCCUCGUCCUGGAGGCCAAGGGAAUCAAGCAUGAAGUCAUCAACAUCAACCUGAAAAAUAAGCCCGAGUGGUUCUUCAAGAAGAAUUCCUUUGGUCUGGUGCCAGUUCUGGAAAACAGUAAGGGCCAACUGAUCUGUGAGUCUGCCAUCACCUGUGAGUACCUGGAUGAAGCAUAUCCAGGAAAGAAGCUGUUUCCAGAAGACCCCUAUGAGAAAGCGAGCCAAAAGAUGACCUUUGAGUUAUUUUCUAAGGUACCAUCUUUGAUAGGAAGCUUUAUUAGAAGUAAAACUAAGGAGGACCGCUCUGGCCUGAAAGAAGAACUUCGUAAAGAAUUCAGCAAGUUUGAGGAGGUUUUGGCCAAUAAGAAGACAACUUUCUUGGGUGGCAAUUCAGUUUCUAUGAUUGAUUACUUCAUCUGGCCCUGGUUUGAACGACUGGAAGCAGUGGAGUUAAAUGAGUGUGUAGACCACACUCCAAAACUUAAGUUAUGGAUGGCAGCCAUGAGGAAAGAUCCCACUGCAUCAGCCCUCCUCACUGAUACGAAAACCUUGCAGGGUUUCUUAAAUCUCUACAUGCAGAACAGCCCGGAAGCCUGUGACUAUGGGCUCUGAUGGGGGUACGAGUCAACAGUGAAGAUCUGUCUGAUAUUUUCCUUCACUAAUAUGAAUAGUAACACACUUUUAUUUUACUAAGUGCUCUCAUGUCUCUUUGGAUUACCUUCUCUUUUUGACAUCACAGCACAGCUGUGGUAUUUCCUCAAGGCCCUCCUGCAGAAAUGUAACCACAUUUCCUGCUAGGAUGCUCAAAUCCUCUCUAGCGAGAUUAGACUUCAAUCUAGAUUUCUAACUGUCCGUAGGACAUUUCCAUUUGGAUACUCUGUUGUCAUUUCAAGAGAUGCCUCUUAAGUUUGUCUUUGAAUAAAUAAAAUCUUUACAAAAAGAAAAAGCCCUGUCUGGUAUAGCUCAGUGGAUUGAGUGCUGGCCUCCGAACAAAAGGGUUGCCAGUUUGAUUCCCUGUUUAGGGCACAUGCCUUGGUUGUUGGUCCCCAGUGGGAGGUGCUGAGAGGCAACCACACAUUGAUGUUUCUCUUCCUUUGGCCCUCCUUUCUCUCUAAAAAUAAA